CAAAAACAGCUGGGCGAGUCUCGGUGCAGUUUGGAAAGGUCGAAUACAUUCGAUCGCAGAACCAACUUCCUAAUCAGGCUGGAUGUGAGGAGGAGAGCCAGUCAGAGAUGGAUGCAGGGCUCCCAGGGUACAUCCUUGAUUCAUGGGCUAAUUACGUCGAUCCUUUGGGGAACACAGCCACGGAGCUGGGUCCUCCUUGAUGAAUGCUGGCGGAGCGCCAUGCACAGCGGAGAGAGGAGCAAGCCGUUCGGCGGCAUCUCUAGUCCCAGCUGAGAAUAUGGUCCCAUUAUCUCUCCAGCUGCCUAAGCCAUCCAUAAGGGGCCUGUUCUGCGUGGCUGAUGCGCGUGUGGUAGGAGCAGAAAACUGGUCGGUUUGAUUUGCUCUCACAUGCACGGCGAAACCGGGACCUUGUACUUUACCGUCUAUUAAAGGUUGCACCGAACUUAAAGAAGAAGCAGUGAUCCCCUUCCCUCGUUCCUGGGCUCGAGACUCCCCGGACCUCAGAAGCUGAAGAUGCGGUUGCCAUGGGAACUGCUGGUCCUGCAGUCCUUCGCAUCGUGCCUUGCAGAUGACUACGCGCUGCACGGCCCCGUGUUCCUUCAAGAGCCAAGCCCCGUCAUGUUCCCUCUGGAUUCCGAGGAGAAAAAAGUGAAGCUCACUUGUGAAGUGAAAGGGAAUCCCAAGCCCCACAUCAGGUGGAAGUUAAAUGGAACCGAUGUUGACGUGGGUAUGGAUUUCCGCUACAGUGUGGUUGAAGGCAGUUUGCUGAUCAAUAACCCCAAUAAAACCCAAGAUGCCGGCACAUACCAGUGUGUGGCAACAAACUCGUUUGGAACAAUCGUCAGCAGAGAAGCCAAGCUCCGGUUUGCUUAUCUUGAGAACUUUAAGACGAGGACGAGGAGCACGGUGUCCGUCCGCCGCGGUCAGGGCAUGGUGCUGCUGUGUGGCCCGCCACCCCACUCUGGAGAGCUGAGCUACGCCUGGAUCUUCAACGAGUACCCUUCCUAUCAGGAUAAUCGCCGUUUCGUGUCUCAAGAGACCGGGAAUCUGUACAUUGCCAAAGUAGAAAAAUCAGAUGUCGGGAACUAUACCUGUGUGGUCACCAAUACCGUGACGAAUCACAAGGUCCUGGGGCCACCUACACCUCUGAUACUGAGAAAUGACGGGGUGAUGGGGGAAUACGAGCCCAAAAUCGAAGUGCAGUUCCCAGAGACCGUCCCGACUGCCAAAGGAGCCACCGUCAAGCUAGAGUGCUUUGCUUUAGGAAACCCGGUGCCAACGAUCGUCUGGCGAAGAGCCGACGGGAGGCCCAUCGCCAGGAAAGCCAGAAGACACAAGUCCAAUGGAAUUCUCGAAAUCCCCAAUUUUCAGCAGGAGGACGCCGGCAUCUACGAAUGUGUGGCCGAGAACUCCAGGGGCAAAAACGUAGCCCGGGGGCAGCUGACUUUCUAUGCUCAACCUAAUUGGGUUCAGAAGAUCAGUGACAUCCACGUGGCCAUGGAGGAGAACGUGUUUUGGGAAUGUAAAGCGAACGGGAGACCCAAGCCCACGUACAGGUGGCUGAAGAAUGGCGAACCACUGUUAACUCGGGACAGAAUUCAGAUCGAGCAAGGAACGCUCAACAUAACCGUCGUGAAUCUCUCGGAUGCCGGGAUGUAUCAGUGUGUGGCAGAGAAUAAACAUGGAGUUAUCUUUUCCAGCGCGGAGCUCAGCGUAAUAGCGGCGGGUCCGGAUUUCUCGAGAACACUCUUGAAGAGAGUCACUCUCGUCAAAGUGGGAGGGGAGGUGGUCAUUGAGUGCAAGCCCAAAGCAUCUCCAAAACCCGUCUACACCUGGAAAAAGGGGAAGGACCUAUUAAGAGAAAAUGAAAGAAUCACCAUCUCUGAGGAUGGAAACCUCCGAAUCGUCAACGUGACUAAAUCGGACGCUGGGAGUUACACCUGCAUCGCCACCAACCAUUUUGGAACUGCUAGCAGCACGGGAAACGUGGUGGUGAAAGAUCCCACCAGGGUGAUGGUCCCCCCUUCCAGCAUGGACGUCACGGUGGGAGAGAGCAUCGUCCUGCCAUGCCAGGUGACCCACGAUCACUCCCUGGACAUCGUCUUCGCGUGGUCCUUUAACGGACACCUGAUAGACUUCAACCGAGACGGGGACCACUUUGAAAGGGUCGGAGGGCAGGAUUCAGCUGGGGAUUUGAUGAUCCGAAACAUCCAACUGAAGCAUGCUGGGAAAUACGUCUGCAUGGUCCAAACCAGUGUGGACAAGUUAUCGGCCACAGCAGACCUGAUUGUAAGAGGUCCUCCAGGGCCCCCAGAGGCGGUGACCAUAGACGAGAUCACCGACACCACUGCCCAGCUGUCCUGGAGACCCGGGCCUGACAACCACAGCCCCGUCACCAUGUACGUCAUCCAAGCCAGGACUCCCUUCUCCGUGGGCUGGCAGGCAGUCAGUACAGUCCCAGAACUCAUCGAUGGGAAGACAUUCACAGCGACCGUGGUGGGCUUGAACCCUUGGGUCGAAUACGAAUUCCGGACCGUCGCAGCCAACGUGAUCGGCAUUGGGGAGCCCAGCCGGCCCUCUGAGAAGCGGAGGACGGAAGAGGCCCUUCCUGAAGUCACCCCGGCCAACGUCAGUGGAGGUGGAGGAAGCAAAUCUGAACUGGUUAUCACCUGGGAGACGGUGCCCGAGGAGUUACAGAACGGCAGAGGCUUUGGGUACGUGGUAGCCUUCCGGCCCCAUGGCAAGAUGAUCUGGAUGCUCACGGUGCUGGCCUCGGCCGAUGCCUCCAGAUACGUGUUCAGGAAUGAGAGCGUGCGCCCCUUCUCUCCCUUCGAGGUUAAAGUGGGCGUCUUCAACAACAAGGGAGAAGGACCCUUCAGCCCCACCACCCUGGUGUAUUCUGCGGAAGAAGAACCCACCAAACCACCGGCCAGUAUCUUUGCCAGAAGCCUUUCUGCGACUGAUAUUGAAGUUUUCUGGGCCUCGCCGCUGGAGAAGAAUAGAGGGCGGAUCGAAGGUUACGAGGUGAAAUACUGGAGACACGAUGACAAAGAAGAAAACGCUAGAAAAAUUCGCACCGUGGGCAAUCAGACAUCGACCAAAAUCACCAAUUUAAAAGGCAGCGCCCUGUAUCACUUGGCUGUCAAGGCGUAUAAUUCGGCUGGGACGGGUCCCUCCAGUGCCACGGUCAACGUCACCACCCGAAAGCCACCACCCAGCCAACCUCCCGGAAACAUCAUAUGGAAUUCAUCGGACUCCAAAAUUAUCCUGAAUUGGGAUCAAGUGAAGGCCCUGGAUAAUGAGUCGGAAGUCAAAGGAUACAAAGUCUUGUACAGAUGGAACCGACAGAGCAGCACAUCUGUCAUCGAGACCAAUACGACCUCGGUGGAGCUCUCGCUACCUUUGGAUGAGGAUUACAUCAUCGAGAUCAAGCCCUUCAGCGACGGAGGGGACGGCAGCAGCAGUGAGCAGAUUCGAAUCCCAAAGAUAUCAAAUUUCUAUGCCAGAGGUUCGGGGGCUUCCACGUCGAACGCGUGCACCUUGUCGGCCAUCAGUACCCUCAUGAUCUCCCUCACAGCCAGGUCUAGUUUAUGACGAACGGUCUCUAAAGGACUUGCUGUUUAUACUCUAAGCAACAUUUAGCUAGUUGUUUUGAAGACACCCAGUACUAAGUAAUAUUGUUGUUCGAGUACAUCUUAUUACUACUGGAAAAAAAAAAAUGUUUUUUGCUUCUUUAGGAAUGGUAUUCUACAGUACUUCCUCAAAGCAAAUCUAGCUUUGUCCUGAGGUUUCUUUGGAAACUCUGCAAUGCACUGAAGACAUCUGUAAUAUGAUGUUACCAAAGCAGUUUACAUAUGUCCUUAUAUGCAUAUUUUUUAUUAUAUAUUUAGUGUUUUAUAGAAUUUUUUAAAGUUAACAUAUAAUGUAGAUAUUAAUUUUUUUUCCUCUGCUAUAAACAAAAAAAAUGUUACGGGCAACACAACCGUAUACAAUUAUGAUUUGAAAAUACUUCCUUGUAAGAGUUGGAAGCCCGUCUUGGUAAAUACAUUGCAAAUGAUUUGUAGAGUUUGACAAGGCUGUGGUGGCAGAAGAGCUUGGGUCUCUAACUCAAGGCUGCUGUAUAUAAAUUACUCUCUGGUUGGUUAAUGCAUUGAAUCCAAUCCUUUUGACGUGUAUAAUAUGGUUUCCUGCCUUCAGGGUGAAUUCUGUUGUUCAAUACAACUUGAGAUGGUUUUAGCAACAGUUGCAGGUCUCGAAAGCUACACUUUCUGUCCAAGAGGCACCUUGUACAAUAUCCUCAUACUCUCAUACUAUGAAUUCGUCAUCGGAUGGUAAGACUUUCUGUUUCCCUCGACUAAGUUAGCAUCGUCUUCGUAGUAGCAUUACCUUAGACGUUAAAUUUGAAGUGACCGAUCCUGCAGUAACCUAGAUCCAAAGUUACUAUAGUCACCCAAGUCUUUUCAAAGGAUUUAAAAAAAAACAAAAAUGAUAAUUUUACUUUCUUUCCAUGUAUCUGUUUGGAAUGUGAAUUUUAAAAGAAGUCCUUCUCUGUCGAUGGAUUCAUCCUCUCUUGGCACAGUUUCUUAUAGAGGAUACGCGUCUCUCUCUGUAAUACUAGCACCCUUCUUUUGAAUCAUAGUCACACAUGCAGUUUGGAAGAUUUCUCCUGUUCCAGCAGAAUAAGUGCUGCCGAGAAUUUUUUUUUUCCUAUGACUCUAUAAAAAGAUCUUUAGUACAAUUGUCUGGUAUCUUGAUGAAUCUCCUGCUUUGCAAUCUCUAGCCUUGUUGCUUUAUGAGCUUUUACCUUGUAAGUUCUCCAGAAAUCACGCGUUGGAAAAAUGACAAUAUCCACCAAGUCAUAUUCUUAUGAAAAGAGCUAUUUGUUAUUGGGGGAGGUUUUUGUAAACGGGUGUUCGUGGAACCCUGAUAUAAAAGGCAAUGCAAUUUUUCUAUAAAAACUUUGACUUGUAAACAUC